CGAAAAUAAAUUUCAAAUCCAGUCUAAGCAGGUUUUCAAAUUCUAUUUUUUGGGAUAUGGGCUUCAUUUCUAUAUAUAUAUUUUAAUACAAAAAUCUUAAAAGAUGGGCGCAGUUUAUCAAAUCUUAAGUCUUUUCCUGAUGCUGGGAGUAGAGGUCAGCCUGUGUUACCCGAAGCCGUUGGUUACGAGCCCAGUGCCGCUUUACUCGUACCAAACUAAAGCCUACAAUGAGACCCUAACAUGGCACCACAGCCAUCGGGUUUCCAGUGCCUUGCCCAUGCCCGAUGAAAAGUUCUGGACGUACAAGUGCGAGAAAGGCCGAUGCAUGCGAGUGGGCCACCACGGCAAGCUCCGCAAGCGCGUCUCAUUCAUCAGUUGCUCCAUGACGUGCGGCGACAUCAACAUCUGGCCCCAUCCCACCCUCAAACAUGUGCUUAGUCCGCACACGCACAGCUUCUCCGUGGACGCUGUGGAGCUGAAGGUGGACACAACUCAUCGGGAGGUCCAAAAGCAGUUGAAUGUUGUCUUCGAACGGUUCCUCAAGGAUCUGCGACAGAUCCAGAAACUUGACUAUGCCGACAGAGGUUCAGAGAUCACGACCAGUGCGAAAUCGAGUGCUUUAUCGAAAUCCCGGCGUCAUACCCAGCAUGGUUCGAAACGAGCAGCCGGAGAUUUGUCUAGCGUGCAGGUCAAGAUCGUCGUACAAAAGUCGGGAGACCUCAAUUUUAGUCUCGACAACGAUGAGAGCUACUACCUAACAUCGAACAGAACAGCCGAUGGGCACCGCUUGCUGGUAGAGAUCAGCGCGAAUUCGUACUUUGGAGCCCGUCAUGGCCUUUCCACGCUGCAGCAACUAAUUUGGUAUGAUGACCAGGAUAGACUCCUGCACACGUAUUCCAAUAGCGAGAUUAAGGAUGCACCCAAGUUCCGGUACCGCGGCUUGAUGCUGGACACAUCGCGGCACUUCUUCUCGGUGGAGGCCAUCAAGCGGACGAUCAUGGCCAUGGGCCUGGCCAAGCUGAACCGAUUCCACUGGCAUCUAACUGAUGCCCAGAGUUUUCCCUACAUUUCGCGCUACUAUCCCGAGCUUGCCGAGCACGGAGCCUACUCGGAGAGCGAAACUUACACAGAGCAGGAUGUGCGCGAAGUGGCGGAGUUUGCCAAGAUAUAUGGAGUGCAGGUGAUUCCGGAGAUCGAUGCUCCAGCCCAUGUGGGAAACAGCUGGGAUUGGGGACCCAAACACGGCAUGGGCGAGCUGGCCAUGUGCACGAACCAGAAGCCCUGGAGCUUCUUCUGCGGCGAGCCGCCUUGUGGUCAGCUGAAUCCGUAUAACAACCACACCUACCUCAUCCUGCAGCGCCUGUACGAGGAGCUUCUGCAACAGACGGGGCCCACGGAUCUCUUUCACCUAGGUGGCGAUGAUGUGAAAAUAGGUUGCUGGGCGCAGUAUUUUCAUGCCAAGGAUCAGCGCAACAUAUGGUGUGGUUUUAUGCUCCAGGCACUGGCCAGUCUAAAAGUGGCAAAUCAUGGAGUGGCGCCCAAGUAUGUGGUAGUAUGGUCGAGCGACCUCACCAACACCAACUGUCUCCCAAAUAGUCAAUUCGCCGUACAGGUCGGGGGCAGCAGCACCUGGCAGGAGGACUACGACCUGCUCGAUAACGGCUAUAAUAUGAUCUUCUCGGGCAUGGGGCCUUGGUCUUUAGACUGCGGUUUUGGCAGUUGGCGGGACACUGGCAAAGGUGCCUGUGCUCCCUACCGCACCUGGCAAAAUGUCUACAAGCACCGACCGUGGGAGCGGAUGCGAUUGGACAAAAGGCGCAAGAAGCAGUUGUUGGGUGGUGAGGUGUGCAUGUGGACCGAACAGGUGGGCGAAAAUCAGUUGGACAACCGGCUGUGGCCCAGAUCUGCUGGCGUAGCUGAACGCCUCUGGACAGAUCCCAAUGAAAAAGUUGUGUCUCCAAAAGUAUUUCGUAGAAUUUCAUUGUUCCGAAACCGCCUUGUCGAACUGGGAAUAAGGGCUGAAGCCCUGUUUCCCAAAUACUGUGCCCAGAACCCCGGGGAAUGUAUUUGAUAUUACCUCUAAGAAGUAAAGAGAAACUCGUUCAAAACCCUGUUUUUUUUUCAUUAGCUGAUAUUUUUAAAAGCUUUAUUCGCAGAACAUUAAUGGAUAAGUUUAACGUUACAUCAAAUGAUCUUUUGUGUUUCUUUGGUUUUCUUUCUUUGUCGCGUCUGCGUCUUAAGUUAAAUACAUUAAAUUAAAUUACAUUUUCAACAAAAACUCACGACUAGCAAAUUAGUAGCUAAUUUAGGAUCUACACUAACUGGGGGACAAUGGUUAGGGAAUUCACAGUUUUGUUUAUUUUCAAUAUUUCUAAAUACAUAUUUUACAUUCGGAAUGAAUAAUUAAAUCCCUAUUUUAGCAACUUUCUCGUAGUUAAUUUCUUAAAUAAGACUUUGAGGAAAACGAACAAUCGAAUUCAUGAAUCUGCAUUUGUUUUCGAUUUUGCGCCAUAACUCCAAGUCACUUUUGAAAAUAAACUUCAAAUUCAGUCUAAGCAGGUUUUCGAAUUCGAUGACAUCAUUUUGGAAUCUGGCAUAUUUUUUUAAUUAUAUAUAUAUUUGAUACAGGAACUCUAUGAAGUGGAGUGAAAUUUAUAAACUUUUCAUGCUCUUCCUGUUGGUGAGUUUCGAUGUUGGCUUUCAAAGACUGGAGUCUGCUUCAACUCCAACUUGCAGCUGGGAGUAGAGAUCAGCCAGGAGCAGCCCACGGCGCUGGCUAAGAGGAGACUGCCGCGCGAUGAGCCCGGACCGGAUGCCAAAGGCGAUCUGAAACUGUUGCAUGCACCCUGCGAGUUCGAUCUGAUCAAGUACGCCACGAUCGACUACUUUCCCAGCCAUUGUCAGCCCGUUUACCAGAACCGACACGUCAGCGAGGACUGGUAUCGCCUCUACAGGACCUACGAUACUGAGGGGUUUGUUUUUGGCCAGUUCUACGAGCGCCUCAUGCGCCACGAAGUCGACUAAUACUAUGGAUUGGUUGGAAAGAAUAAAACCUCUAAACAAAGUCUGUGAUGUCGAUGCUGUGGUAGCGCUGCAGUGGCCCCAGUCGCGUAUGGGGCGAUGGGCGUAGACAGAUCACACACUCCUCCGUGCUGAAAGUCGAUUUGGGGAUUAACGUUUUGGGGACAAAUAACAAGUAAUCUGGUUUUUAUGAUGUGUAUAUAAAAAAAUAUAAUACUUUAAUCUGGGUUCUUAGGGUGUAAACUA